AUGAGCACAACGCCUAUCAGGCUGCGAGACUCUCCCGCUCAAGUGCAAGAAAAGCUUGGCCUCAGCAACCGACAGUUCGACAACUUCAAGAACUUUGCCCGAAGAGUCCACGGUGAAUACUGUGCCGCUCAUCCCAAUUCCAAAUGGGCCGACGUCAAUGCGGUCUGGACGGCCGUGCCCGAGCGAGAGAAACUCGAUGUCAUCCGCUUGAUGUACAACCUGUGCACCGAAUCCAACCUAUUCCCUCCUACCACCGGACGAACCGUGAUCGAAGCAGGCAUUGAACAGAGGCUGCAUCAGGUGCGGCGUACCUGGCAGCAGACCUCGAGAACAAGGACGAGACCGUCAGCACAAGGGGACGAUGGUGGGUCCUGA